CCCUCCUGCCCCCUACCACCCCCCACCUCGGCCUACCACAGCGAACCAGACUACCCUGAUGUGCCCCCGAAGUACACCUACAACUACGGCGUCGCCGACGGCUACUCCGGCGUCAACCUCGGCCACUCAGAAGCCCGCGACGGCUACAAGACCGAGGGCAGCUACUCCGUCGACCUCCCCGACGGCCGCAAGCAGACCGUCAAGUACGUGGACAACGGCGACGGUCUCGUAGCUGAGGUCAGCUACGAGGGCGAGGCUCAGUACCCCGCGCACACCCCCGCCUACAGGCCCGCUCCCCCCGCCUACCCUGCUCCCCAUGCGUAGAGACAUGAUAAGAAUAUUGGACAACAUAGUAAAUAAUUUUCAAGUUUACUUCCUCAUCUUCCAUCUUUACACUUGUUUGUUACUACGGUUUUAUGUGCAUCAAUAAAACUUUGAUUUUGUGAAA